AUGUCGCAACUCACCGGCGGGAUCCACGACGGCGCUCUCGGCGACCGCUCGCCCUCGCGCGACUCCGCGAAGAGCGGCGCCGGCGCGGGGCGAGGCGAUGAAGAAUUCAGCGUCUCGACGUUCGCGCGCGACGAAUCCGACGCCGCGCGCAUCAUGCACGACGCGUUUAAGGCUGCGAAAGGGUUCGACGGCGACGUCGUCGACACGAAGCGAUGGUCGCGGGACACAGAAGCGAGAGUCAAGGACAUCGUAUCGAACGCGCGCGCGGAGGUCGCGCGCGUGGACGACGACCCCGGCCGCGCCGCCAUCCUCCUCUCCGUCAAGCGCGAUCUGUACCUCCCCGUCCUCGAGGGCGUGGUGUCGAUGCUCAACGACUCGUCGUCGCCCGACGCGGGCGCGAUUCUCGACGCGGUGAAGGACAUCUUCAAAGAUCUGUGCGACGACUGGCGCGAGCUCGCCGACGCGACGCGCGCGAAGGCGGCGCACGCGGAGAGGGAGCGCGCGCGCGCGGAGGCGAGCAUGAGCGAGCUCUACGCCGUGGCGAAGCAGCUGGAGCGGGACCUCGAGAGCGCGCGAGCGCACGUCGCGGCGCUCGAGCGAAAACGGCAAACGAUGAUCACGAAUCGUCAAACGAAUCCGACGCCGUCGGCGUCGCCCCCGGGGGGAGGGUCGCCGUCCAGCGCCGCCGGCGCGCCGCCGGCGCCGCCGUCGAGCACGGCGCCGUCGACGACGCUCGACCUCGACCUCUCGUUCGACGACUUGAAGCUGACGACGGGAAGCGCGCCGGCGGGAGCGCGCGUCGGCGGCGCGGGCGGCGGCGACCGCGCCGCGCUCGAGCGAGCGCUUCAAGCGAGCGCGACGAAACCCGGCGCGAAGAAGACGCCGAGGUGGGCGAUCGACAGCGGAACGCCCGCCGCGGAGGCGGCCGCGCGACGGGGCGUCGGGCGCGGCGGCGAGGGCCAGUUUGGCCCUCCGACGGCGAUCGUCCGCCGUCGUCAACGGACGGGUAAUCAGUCAGACGUCGCGGAGCCGAAGCGGUGGUCGCUGAAGCAGCUCAAGGACGUCAUCGAGGACGUGUGCGACGCCAAGGCGGCGAACGACGCGCGCGCGGCGAAGCACAAGCAACCCCGCGAGACGAUGCAUCAGCACCUGUACACGUUUUUGAACCACAAGUUUGGCGUCAAGUCCAUCAUUGCGGAGUGGGCGACGUCCAUCGUCGCGGCGGCGGAUAAGUUUGCCGACGUCGACUGCGAGGUGGCCGUCUUCGGCCGCGUCCUUCACAACCUCGUCGACGAGGAGUUUCGAAACGAACAGAAAGUCAUCGUCGCGACGGUGCGCGAGCUGUUGCGGAGCUACCUCCGGUCGCAGCGCCCGCACGCGAACGACGACGAGAUCGCCGACGCGUUGGCGGCGAAGACGCGAGGCGACCUCGCCGAGGACGAGUGGCUCGACAUGGUGCGGUUCAUGUACGGAAGAAAAGACAGCGCGACGAUCAUCGAGCGGAUGCGCGCGGUGCAGAGCGAGGUCGUGGAGGCGGCGUGGAGGGAGAUGGAGAACGAGGAGGGGAUCGAGAACGACAAGCCGGGGACGAAGCGCCGAACGAAGAAGGAGAUCGCCGCCGUCGCGCGCGAGAAGACGGCGAAACGCGUCCCGUACGAAGACUUUCUUCAGGUGUGUCUCUUCCACGGGUUAGAGACGCAGGAGGAAGCGCUCGCGCCGUUCGCGGAGGCGAUCGGCGACAUGGACUGCCUCGCGAGAGGCACGCUGAACGAGUCGCAGUUCAAGAAGCUGUGCGAGCGCGCGCGGCAUGAUCUGAGCGACGGGGAGGUGGAGAAGCUCCUCGUGCGAUUGGACCCGUGGAAUAACAACGCCAUCACGGCGAGCACGUGCUACACCGCGCUCGUGCCGGGGCUGAGCGAGGUCGCGGAGGGGAUGAAGAGCCUGACGCACGGGAGGACGAGCAAGGAGAAGGUGUUGGGUGGGGUUGGACACGGCGAGCUGUGGAACGUGAGCUACGAGGGGCGGAAUUUUAAGGGGCGGGCGAGACGAGGGAACGCGCCGCCGUCGAGACGCGAGCUUCUGCGGGACGACUGA